AUGUCACUUCCAUAUGUUGAUGUCUAUCAAAAGGAUGGACUCAACACUGCCCCCGCUAGAGGCAUGGGCACCGGUAUUGUAUUAAGGUCAUCCGCGCAAUGGAGAACCUGGUACAGCCAAAUCCGAUCAUCAGCUAAAAGUAAUGAUGUUUGGGAAUACAUCGAUCCUGACACACUUCAACCACCUGAAUAUCCUCGAAAACCCCGAAAACCGCAACCGAGCGACGUCCAAGAAGAUGCCUUAUACCCCGAAGAUCUUGAUGAAGCGAACGAUGCAAAGCUGCACCGACUUCUAAAGCAUUACGAUCGCAGUAUACUCGAAUAUAGUACUCUAAACCGUGCGUUGGAUAGAGUUAUGGAACGUAUUUGUAACACCCUUGCGUCGGAGCAUCAAGCGGUUAUUGCUGAGAUUGAGGACCCUCGUACAUUACUAUGUAGCCUCAGAGAUCGCUUCUCACCUGCCGAGGGAGAACGUAAGAUCGAAUUGUAUCUGCAAUGGGGACGUCUUCUAAGGUCUUCGCCGAAGAACUCGCAGGUAGACUCAUGGUUAAAUGAAUGGGAGAACCUAUAUACAGAGGCUGUUAGCGCAGGUGUGCCAAAUGUUAAAGAUCAUCAAAUUGUAUCUUAUGAGUUUUUAGCUGCAAUACGGCCACUUGAUGAAUCCUUUCAUGGUAUUUGGUACGAGAAGCUCUUUCAUGACCCAUCGAGCAAGGUCUUCUUCACCUAUGUGAUGGACAGGAGGAAGCUGGCUUACAGCACCAGCACCCAACGCAUCAGAAUCGAGGUCAACAAGGUCAAAAGAAAGCACCACGAUGUGUCUGUGGCCAGUACCACUUCUUCAAUGCAUGCCCGUACCUGGUUGAAACUGCUAGACCAACAGGUUGGAAACCGGACGUAG